ACUUGUAUAGUUGUCAAUAGAGCGAAAGUUUCAACGACAGCAAGUUGUAAUGAUAAUUUUUUCAGUGUAUUAUGUUUUCAUCCCAUAAUUGUGUUAGUUCACUGUGACAAGCUACCUAUGAUUGUUAAUUUUUGUACAAGGAAUGUAAACUUCCAUCGCCCAUGAGGGAUUGACAAGAAAGUUCAACAGUUUAUCUUGGAGAUAAAACAGUGAAACUUAGAAUUAAUCCCAAAAUGAGCAAUUCUGAUAGAUAUCCGGGACCGAUCCCAAAACGAUGGUUGAAGUGUCCAAGGAAAGCAGGAGAUGUGAUUGCAGGGAAAUUCUUGGCGUUUAAAACUCCUCUCGACUCAAGAUAUGAUGAUCAAGUUCCAGAAGAGUAUCGCUUUCCUCCUCAGAUGUUGUUUACUAUAAUGAAAAGUUACAAGAUCCAAUUAGGAAUGUGGUUUGAUUUGACGAACACCGAUCGAUUUUACAACAGUGCAGAGGUUGAACAGAAUGAUUGCCGAUAUUUGAAGAUUCAAUGUCAGGGUCACGGUGCAACACCUACUUUACAACAGACAAGAGUUUUUCUUGACAUUGCAGAGAGUUACAUUUCCAAAUUCCCCUUGGCAAAGAUAGGUGUUCAUUGUACACAUGGCUUUAACAGAACUGGUUUUUUAAUUUGCUCAUUCUUGGUAGAGAAAAUGGACUGGAGUAUAGGUGCUGCGCUCACAGCAUUUGCGCAAGCUAGGCCACCCGGAAUUUACAAAGGCGACUACAUUAGAGAACUAUACAAUAGAUAUGAUGAUGUUGCUGAUGCUCCUUUGCCUCCCGAGCUACCCUCUUGGCACACCGAAGAGGAGGAUGAUUCUAUAUCGUUUCAAGGCAACAAUUCUGGAAGAAGAGAAGAGAACAAUUAUCGCCGAAAAGAAAAGAACAAAAAGGAUCCAGAAUUUAUGGAAGGUGUAGGAGGUGUGACGCCUAUCACAGAACAACCACUCCUGAAUAAAAUUCAGCGUAGGAUUCAAGAGCUUUGUGAAUGGAAACAUUCUGGAUUCCCAGGCUGUCAGCCUGUCUCAAUGGAUCUUAAGAAUAUCGAAAAACUCCAUGAAAAACCUUACAAAGUAUCCUGGAAAGCUGAUGGGACUAGGUACAUGAUGCUCAUUGAUGGUCCAGACCAUAUAUUUUUUGCUGAUCGUGAUAAUAGUAUAUUUCAAGUGCAUGGCGUCCAAUUUUUCCAUCGAAAAGAACCAGAUAGACAUCUAAGUUCAACUCUUCUGGAUGGUGAAAUGGUCAUUGACAAAGUAGGCGGACAGUCUAUACCAAGAUAUCUCAUUUAUGACAUAAUUCGCUAUGAUAAUGAAAAAGUAGGGCAAACUCCUUUCUCUCUCAGGCUUUUUUGUAUUGAGAAAGAAAUAAUUGGACCUUAUAUUAAAGCUAAAGAAGAAGGUCGCAUCAAAGUUGAAAACGAACCCUUUCGUAUGAGAGCUAAAGCAUUUUUCGAUCUUCAUGACACCGCCAGCUUAUUAGGUUCCAAGUUCCAAAGUCAGCUUUCGCAUGAACCUGAUGGUCUGAUAUUCCAGCCCAAAAGAGAUCCGUAUGUUUGCGGUCAAUGCAAGGAAGUUCUGAAAUGGAAACCUGACUCUCAUAACUCAAUAGAUUUUAGGUUGAAAAUAGAAUUAGUGAAUCAACCAGGCAUGCUUCCUGAAAAAGUUGGCAAACUGUACGUGGGCAAAGACGUGCUUUUUGAUACAAUGAAAGUCUCAAAAGCAAUGAGGGAUUUAAAUAAUAAAAUUAUUGAAUGCAAGUACGACAAAACAAGAAAUACUUGGGUCUUCAUGAGAGAAAGAACAGACAAGUCGUUUCCUAAUAGUUUUAAUACAGCCAUUGCUGUGGCAGCUUCCAUUAAAGAUCCUGUAACAAAAGAAUUUUUAAUCAACUUUGUAGAACAACGUCGAUGGAUGUGCGAUGAUCCCCUCAAAUUGUCUUCAUCUAAAGAGGAUGCAGAAAUGAUGCCUCCCCCUAAAAUGCGUCGACUGAAUUAACAAUACUCCUUAACAAGUCAUAAUAAAUCUUGGCUUAAUUUACUUAGUUAAUUGUUUUGUCUGGUUCAAAACUACACUUCAGAUACUUUUUUCCUUGUUUAUAGUGCUCCCCCUCCCCUUUUCUUUUUUAAUUCUUCCCCUGUGAAAUGUGAAUCAGUAUUUUCGUGGAUCUAUGGAUUAUGUAUCUCAUCUCUAAAAUUUAUCAAGCAUAAAUGAAAGCGGUGAUUUUCAUUGAUUACUUCUUAUCAUUUUUAUUUAAGAAUGCUGUAAAUUCUAUUUUUAGAAACAUGGGAAUUGUCAGAGGAAUUAUUUUACUUUUCUCAAAAAUUAAUAGAUAAAUUUGAAAUGAUUAAUCCUUGAGCACCCUGCCUGAAAAUAAAUAUUAUAUUUUGUUUUAACA